CAUCUUUCACGAGGAAAUUAUGCCUAAUGUUGAGGAACUGAGGCGCUGUAACUAAAUGCAAUUUAUCAGCCACUCAUCCUGCAAUGGACGGUGUUAAUUAAAGAUUUAAAAAGAUAAAUCGGGAAGCAUAAUGUAACUGUUGGAAUAACUCCAACUUCUUCAGUCACUUUUCGUAUUAUUGGAACUUGUAGCCAUGCACUGAUAUAUUGAAAAGUUAACAUUUAAUGAUUAGCUUUCUCGUAACUGGGAUUAUUAAGCGGUUUAAUGACGGCUCAGCAGGAAGAAAGAUGAAUUUUCACUCAGAAAAGAAAUACUGGAUGCGUUCAGUGGAACUAUGUAUCCAUUAAUAACGAAUGGUCAUUCUUAACUGUGGAUUGUUAAGACGGAUCACGUAUUAUUCGGUAGAAAGUCAGGUUCGCUAAAUCUCUUCCUCAUGUUUAACUAUCAACUCUUAUCAUUUCUUGUGUAGUUUCAUCUGACGUAUUCUUCAGCUAUCACGACCACUGACCACGACUCUAGUGUUCUUUUCAUCUUCUUAUUGCGACAAGGAUCUUUCUACCUAUGAAGUUGAAUUGAAGAAGUUGGGAAUGUGUAAUCUUCAAAUAAAUUAUUAAAGUUUCACAGCAGUUAGAUGGCGCUUCCAGACGUUUGUCCCCACAUAAAACAAACAAAUUACGGAGGAUAUAAAUAUGGCAGACACCUGUCUUGCCUUCUUGUUUGAAUAUUCCCGCAGAAGUAAUUUAUUUUGCAUUUGCGGCAAGGUUUUUUCGUUUGUAUGAGUGUGGAGUAAGCAAAAGCUGGUUUGCGUGCAGAAAUCUCACUGAAAUGUCCUGUGAGAAAAACAUUUUACCUUUUCAGGGUUUUUCGUAUGUCCUCAGGACUUUUGUAUGUCAGCGGUGCACGUCUUUUCAUUCAUUCAUACGAGAAAAACAAAGAAUGCAUGAUGAGAAGAAUGAGAACUUAGCAAGUUUGGGACGACUUGUAGUUUACAGUAUUAUGAUUUUAAUAUCUAUUAUAUUAUGGCCGAGGAAAGAUUUUCCCGAUCUUAAAAGUAUAAAUCAUAGCGGCAUUUGUUUUAUUGAUAUGUUUCCGCCAGAUGACGUACUUCUAUCUGCAAGGAAGACUCUGUGAGUUACAAGAGUUACAAUGUAUUAUGUAUAGCUUCCGUUGGCUAGUCCAACUCGAUGUAGAAUUUUACCCAACACAGUAUUAAACAGAGAUUAAAAAUUUUUAAGAAUAGAAAUUUUUGAUAGAAUCAAUCAAUAAUUCCCUAAUCACAAUUCUAAUCCUCCGACAAGUAACAAUUAUCGUGAAAAUAGAUACAUUCAAGGAAGAAGUUGAAGUUUACUUUGGUAAAGUGGAAAAUAUACUCCAGUAAAGAAAUAACAAAUAUAACUGGCAGUUGACUGGUUCUUAUUGGUUCUUACCAUUCUUACCUUUUCUGGAGUUUCUACUAUGAAAUAUUGUCUUCUAUGACACUCAUGGGAACAAAUACAACAAAGCCAUACAAAAUACAGGAAGUUGGUGGCAUCGGAAGAAUUGGCAUUACUGCAACAAACUUGCAGGAUUUGAAGAACCAAGCUUUGAAGCUAUUAAAUAUACCAGAGGAUUUUGAACCGCAUUUAGAUGAUGGUACUGCGGUAUUGACAGAAGAAUAUUUUAGAUGUUUGCCCCAACAAACCUGUUUUACCUUCUUUGCUCCUAAUUACGGAAAUUCCAAAACAGAUUUGAUACAGCUUGAGAAGCUUACUUUGAAACUUUCUAAAAGCCUUGCUGAGCAGAACACAAAAUGUUUAGAUGAGGUUAAGCAGUUUUUGUGUGGUGAAAAUUCUGAAGUUAUCAACAGGGCAUUGCUGGAUUAUGUCUCAACACUUCAAUCAAAUAUUGCUUCUGAGACUCGGGAAGAAGAUGGUGAAUGGUUUGAAGGAUUGCCUGACAGAUAUCAGACAAAAGAGGCCGUCAUGGAAGAUGGUGCAAAAACAAGGAUUAAAAAUUACUAUCAAAAAACCAGAGAAUAUCUCCUACAAGAGCAGAAUCCUAGUCAGCAAGGUAUGGAACUUUUGGAUGACUUGCGUCAGGAGUUACAUUUCAACAAAUACAAUGGCAACUAUUUUUGUCGUUCUGCGUGGAAAAAUGUUAGAAUCUGUGAUGAUCUUGGCUGGUUUAAGUGUGAAGGGAAAUUUAAUGAGAAAAAUUGUGCCAAAAGUCAUUCAAUCAACCCUUAUGGGUCAAAAGAAACUAGAAUUAUUUUUAGCACUUGGAAUUUGGAUCAUGUUGUUGAGAAAUCCAGAGAAAUUUUGCCCACAUUGGCAGAAGUGAUAAAACAGGCCAAGGGCAGAGAUAUAAAUUGGCAAUAUUUCUACGAUCUUUUAUUCACAAAGAAGAAUUUGAAAUUGGUUCAUGUUGCAUGUCAUAUCAAAGGUGUUCAUUCUGGAAAGAAAUGUGAUAAGAAACAGUUCUAUAAAGCAAAAACUAUUUCAAGGAAACCUGCUAAAAACUCAAGUCAAUGUAGGAAAUGGGUGUUGCGAAGCCGGAGGUGAUCAGUCUAUUUAUGACUAUUUAU